AUGGCCGGGGUGGAUCUGACCGAAGAUCAUGGAGGAGCCCUCGUAGCUACUGCCAUCUCCUUCCUCGUCCUCAGCUGGGUCUCGGUCAUACUGCGCACCUAUGUGCGCGCCAUCUUGACCAAGGCCUACCAGGCCGACGACUGGCUCAUGCUCGUUGCCCAGCUCAUCUUCACCGCCUCCUGCGUCUUCAUCCUCGCCGGCGUCGACAAUGGCCUUGGCAUGCACAACAAAGCGCUGGAACAGUCCCGGGAGAUCAGGGCCCUGAUGUAUCAAGCCCUCGCUACCGCCACGUAUGUCUUGAACAUGAUGUUCAUCAAGUUCAGCGUUGGCAUCUUUCUCUUACGCCUGACCACCUCAAAGGGAUACAUCUGGACGAUAUACAUCAGCCUGGCCAUCGUCAUGAUUUGGACCCUCGUCAUAUUCUUCUGGAACAUUUUCCAAUGCCACCCCGUCCAGGCUCAGUGGGACUACACCAUUCAAGACGCGACCUGUGUGACGCCCGACCACAUCGUUUCUGCUGCCUACUCCAUCUCCGUCAUGACCAUUUUGAGUGACUGGCUAUAUGCCCUCAUGCCCAUACCCAUGAUUUGGAAGGUAAAAAUGACCGUGCCUGCCAAGAUAUCUGUGAUUUUGCUUUUGAGUUUGGGUAUCUUUGCCAGCGUUGCGACGUUGAUUAGGCUCAAGUUUCUGGCUGACUUGAACGAUCUCGACGAUAUACUCUUCGCUGGUACCGAUGCCAUGGUCUGGACUCUCGUUGAACCAGGCGUCGCCAUCGUUGCCGCCAGUCUCGUCACGAUCCGGCCACUUCUUCGACUCUUCCGCUUGCACGGCUUCGAAUCCACCGGACGUACACCUGGCCCCAGUGGCACAGCGCGGUCCGGCACGCAGCGAUCCGUUGGGAAGAUGCCGGCGUACGGUCACGGCGAAUUGACCGCCAUCGACAUAGAAUUGGCCGAAGCGAAAUCCUCUGGGUCGUACGCAACAUUGAGCAUCAAAUCCAAUCCUCCACCGUUACAUAUGUCACCCCUGAAUAUGUCGCCAUUUGAUCCAGCGGCGCCAGGCGUGUUGCUGCGGCCGCCGCCAUUUGAGCACCGAAGAAGUAAAUCAAAGAGUCUCGACGUGCACGAAAGCUUGCAAGACGACGGCUCUCAGCCUGCGAGAAGGAGCUACAUCAACAGCGAAAUGUAUGUUAUCGAGGGCCCUGGCGCUGGGGGCGUCGACAAGUGGACGGGCGAUAGACUGCGCUCACCGAGCGUAUCCUCGGACGACCUGCAUGGGGUGGACGCACAGAGUCAGCAUAGUGGCCGCGUGGGAUUGAGCGGCAGGCGAUAA